AGAAAGUGAGAAAGAAAGAGAAAAAGAAGAAAGGGGGAAGAAAGAGAGAAAGAAAAGGAAAAAGAGGGAAGAAAGAGAAAAAAAAGGGAAGAAGGGAGGAACAAAGACACAGGGGGUUGAUGAUUUUAAGAGGACAGUGACGAAAUCCCAAAGGAUUAUAAAAUAGCCAGUAAAGAAUUCACAUCUAUACGAAAAUUCAUAUAGACCUAUAUACAAUUGUACUUAAAACCCUUCCACCACAUUUCCCCCCUCGAAAAUGUACCGAUCACGUCACACUGGUUACAUCCCCCUUUUUCUUAUUUUCGGUAGUGGGGGGAGUACAUACCUACACGAUCCCUCUUUCUCUUACACUUUACUCUUCCACCUCUAUCAAUCUCCCUCUUGCCUCUCACACCCUCACCCCCCCUGAGAGAUACUUCUCACUCGAACCGAUUCUGCACGUACAGCACAAAAUCACAGCAAGAAAGUGUCAGUUAGUCAGUAAGUCAGUCAGUCGGUCGGUCUUCGUCAUUGAGGGAUUUUUUUGUUUUUUUUUUGCUUAAAAACUGGUGCUCGAAACUGUUUCCUCGAGAUUUAAAGGGAAUCCUGGUGCCUUGUAACUGGUACCGGAAAAGAACUUUUUGUUUCCGGUUAUAUCAGUGUAGAAAAUGCGUUGAAGGGAAAAUUAACAAUGGAGGAGUCACGGGAACAAGGAGGCAUGCCUUCCGUUUCCGUUUCUUCAAUACUUCUUCUCCUUCUUGUUACUACCACGGAUGCUCAGAGAAGUUUGGAGUUUUAUGACCUGCUACCAGAAGAUCCAAAACUUUAUGACAAGAUGAGACCACCAAAACAAGGUGGACAAGCAACUGCUGUUUAUUUUCACGUUACUGUCAUGGGUCUCGACUCUAUCGAUGAAACAUCGAUGACCUACGCCGCGGACAUUUUUUUCGCUCAAACUUGGAAGGACAAUAGGCUGCGGCUUCCAGAAAACAUGACGUCCGAAUAUAGAUUAUUAGAAGUCGAUUGGCUGAAAAAUAUGUGGCGACCGGAUUCGUUCUUCAAGAAUGCAAAAUCCGUUACUUUUCAAACAAUGACGAUUCCAAAUCAUUACUUGUGGCUUUAUAAGGACAAAACUAUUCUUUACAUGGUCAAACUGACAUUGAGGCUGUCUUGUGCCAUGAAUUUUCUCAUAUAUCCACACGACACACAAGAAUGUAAAUUACAAAUGGAAAGCUUAUCGCACACGACGGAUGAGAUGAUUUUCCAGUGGGAUCCCGACGUUCCCCUUGUUGUCGAUGAAAACAUUGAAUUACCCCAGUUGCAACUCGUCAAGAAUUACACGGCCGACUGCACGCAGGUCUAUUCUACCGGGAAUUUCACCUGCUUAGAGGUAAUUUUCGUCCUGAAACGUCGCUUGGGAUAUUAUUUAUUUCACACAUAUGUCCCAACAUGUUUAAUAGUAAUUAUGUCGUGGGUGUCGUUUUGGAUAAAACCGGAAGCAGCCCCGGCGAGAGUGACACUUGGAGUGACUUCUCUGCUGACGCUUUCGACGCAGCAUGCAAAAAGUCAAGCGUCACUACCACCAGUCUCGUAUUUAAAGGCUGUCGAUGCUUUCAUGUCAGUGUGCACGAUAUUUGUGUUCAUGGCCUUAAUGGAAUAUUGUCUAGUGAAUAUCGUACUCGGCGAUUUCGAUAUGCCACCAAAACCAAAAUCAAAAGCAACCCCACCGGCACCCGCGCCCACAUCAUCUUCCGGUCCAGAUACAACCAAACUGGACAAAAUAUUUGAUAUCGCCAGCAAGAAAUCGACAACUGGUCCACCACCGGGUCCACCGGGUCUAACACCAGCCCAAAGAGGGAAAAUGCGCGCCGUCAGCAUAGACAGAUUUUCAAGAGUAUUCUUUCCAUUUUUAUUCAUUUCACUCAACGUUUCUUAUUGGAUUAUGUUUGCCGAGUACAUUUAAACAAACAAAAAUUACAGAAAACAUCAUUAAAAAAUUUGUCACAAAAACUAAAAAAAAGCGAAUAAAUUAAAAGAAGUAUACGAAUCAAUUUAAAAAAGUAUACGGAUAAAUUGAAAAAAAAGGAUACACGAAAGGGCUUAGGGAAAGUAAACGAGAAAAAAAUAGUAAAUAUGAAAAAUGUCAUCUAAAAAAAUUAAAGGGAAGAAAAAUCAAAAAAUCAAAAAAUUAAAGCAAAAAAGGGAGAAGAAAAAAUUUGAAAAAAAAGAAGACUGACUGGAAAAUAUAAGCAAACGGAAGAAUAUAAAUUCUUCUUCAUUUUCUCUGAAACUAAAAAAAUGUUCAAUUCAAAGAAAAAAAGAGCAAAGAGCAAACAUUAUAAAUGAAAAGCAGUCAAUUUUCUCCAGCCCAAAAUAAUUAUCCUUGAAAAUAUUCUAAACCAAUUAAUAUAUGCAUUAAUUGAGAAUUCACUGCAUUAUAAAUUUCUUUAUUCACAAUUAACUUGCAAUUUUUAAAUAAAAACUUUUUUAAAACCGAAAUAUAAUAAAUUACGUCUUG